UCCGGAAGAAAGCCAGCCAAAUUUGAACAUUAUAGAAGAAGGAUAUAUCUUGCUUUUUUCCAUGUCGACGUGAACUUUAAUCUCCAUUUUUAAUACAAAUCACGAUGAAGAUUGCUGUAGAAGGCUGUUGUCAUGGUGAACUGGACAAGAUUUAUGAGACAAUAGAAUUCAUAGAAAAGAAAGAAAAUUUCAAAGUGGACUUACUGCUAAUAUGUGGGGAUUUCCAGUCUGUAAGAAACAAGAGUGAUCUACAAUGUAUGGCAGUGCCUCAAAAAUAUCAGCGAAUGAACACAUUCUACAAGUAUUACUCUGGAGAGAAGUCGGCUCCAGUCCUUACUAUAUUUAUUGGAGGAAACCAUGAGGCAUCAAACUACUUACAGGAGCUUCCCUAUGGUGGCUGGGUGGCUCCCAACAUAUACUACAUGGGCUAUGCCAACGUGUUGAAGUUUGGUGGUGUAAGAAUCGGAGGGUUGUCCGGAAUUUACAAGGGUAAAGAUUUUACCAAAGGUCAUUUUGAACAUCCGCCGUACAAUGAAGAAUCUAAACGAGCUGCCUACCAUAUUCGUAACUUGGAAGUCUUCAGACUUAAACAGUUGACAAAGCCCAUGGACAUAUUCAUGACCCAUGAUUGGCCGCGUGGUAUCUAUGACUAUGGUAACACAUCACAGCUGCUGAAGACAAAGCAGUUCCUUCGUGAGGAAAUUGAGUCUGGAAGUUUAGGAAGUCCCCCGGCAGAGGAGCUGUUGAUGAAACUACAACCACAAUACUGGUUCUCGGCUCAUCUCCAUGUCAAGUUUGCAGCCAUUGUGCAGCACAAGGCUCCUGAAGGUGAAGAAAAGAUUACCAAGUUCCUGUCUCUUGACAAAUGCCUACCACGAAGAAAAUUUCUGCAGAUACUGGAUGUACCUCAUGACCCUCAGGAGCCUCUGAAACUUCAGCUGGAUACAGAAUGGCUGAGUAUUCUCAAACUGACCAAUCACUUACUCAGUCUUAAAAGGGGCAGUAUCUACAUGCCUGGUCCAGGCAGCCAAUCAAGAUGGGAGUUUAAGCCUACAAUUGAAGAAGAAAACCGAAUUCUAGAAGAUUUUGGUGGUGACUUAUGUAUCCCGGACAAUUUCCAGAGGACGGUUGAUGUGUUUGAUCCUAACGAGGGUAAAUGUAAAGUGAGGCCUCCAGUUACAAUGGUGAACCCACAAACUACUCUCAUAUGUACCAUGCUGGACAUUACUGAUCCAAACGCUGUUUUUCUGGGACAAGACUCCAGCAGCAAUAUUCUGGAUGUCUCCGGGGAAGGGGCUUGUGAUGCUGAUGAUGAUGACGAUGUAGAUGAAGAUGAAACAGAAAUUGACAGUGAGCCUAGCUUUGUGUCUUUUGUAGACAGCGACCAGAGCUAUAGUAGUUUACUAUCUUCCAGUAAUGCUGAUGAUAGCAUCAUGUCUUUAGGAACAGCAGGGGAUUUAUCUAUUGACAAUCGUGAUCCGGUGAAAGAGUUAUCAUCAAGUAUCUUAACUAAUCCAGUAGAGAUUUCUCUGUCAGAUGAAGAGGCAGAGUUCAAAGCUAUCAUGGAAGCUCAAAAAAAGAAAGAAUCUGCUGAAUCUCCAAAAGACCCAAAUGUUGAUGAAGAGGAUGAGGACGAUGAAUUCAAAGCCAUAAUGUCAGCACAGAAAGAACACUCUUUGUCUGUUGAUCCUUUAGUAGGACAAACGUUACGACCUUUGACCCAGUCAAGUCCUGCUAGCAGUGAUGAAAGGAGCGACACUGAGGUCACCCGAAAAACAAACAACCUCGCUCUGAAUACAAGCAAGCGUGCAGAUGGGUCAGAAAGCGAAGAUAGCCCUCAAUCUAAAAAGUUCAAACGGAGGAACCAGCAAAUCUAUAAUUCAGAGUUAGGAGAUGAGGAAACAGCAUAAGAACUGAAUGUUGUGUCUAUGAUAUAUUCUCACAGUUUAUGUGAAUGUGUAUGACGCAUUUUUACGUACCGUGUACAUAAUGUGUAUGACGCAUUUUUACGUACUGUGUACAUAAUGUGUGUGACCCAUUAUUUACGUACUGUGUACAUAAUGUGUGUGACCCAGUGUUGCGUACUGUACAUAAUGUGUGUGACCCAUUAUUUACGUACUGUGUACAUAAUGUGUGUGACCCAUUGUUACGUACUGUAUACAUGAUGUGUGUGACCCAUUGUUUACGUACUGUGUACAUAAUGUGUGUGACCCAUUGUUACGUACUGUAUACAUAAUGUGUGUGACCCAUUGUUACGUACUGUAUAUAUGAUGUGUGUGACCCAUUGUUACGUACUGUGUACAUAAUGUGUGUGACCCAUUGUUACGUACUGUGUACAUAAUGUGUGUGACCCAUUGUUACGUACUGUGUACAUAAUGUGUGUGAGCCAUUGUUACUUACUGUACAUAAUGUGUGUGACCCAUUGUUACGUACUGUGUACAUAAUGUGUGUGACCCAUUGUUACGUACUGUAUACAUAAUGUGUGUGACUCAUUGUUACGUACUGUAUACAUAAUGUGUGUGACCCAUUGUUACGUACUGUGUACAUAAUGUGUGUGACCCAUUGUUACGUACUGUACAUAAUGUGUGUGACCCAUUGUUACGUACUGUAUACAUAAUGUGUGUGACUCAUUGUUACGUACUGUGUACAUAAUGUGUGUGACCCAUUGUUACGUACUGUACAUAAUGUGUGUGAUCCAUUGUUACGUACUGUGUACAUAAUGUGUGUGACCCAUUGUUACGUACUGUACAUAAUGUGUGUGACUCAUUGUUACGUACUGUGUACAUAAUGUGUGUGACUCAUUGUUACGUACUGUACAUAAUGUGUGUGACUCAUUGUUACGUACUGUGUACAUAAUGUGUGUGACCCAUUGUUUAAUACUUACUGUGUACAUAAUGUGUGUGACCCAUUGUUACGUACUGUAUACAUAAUGUGUGUGACCCAUUGUUACGUACUGUGUACAUGUGUGUGACGUAAAAUUUUAUCUGUGUAUCUCCUGUAGAUUUUGUGAUUUACAUUGGAACUGUGAAUAUCUUUUUGGUAUAUGAAAGAUUUAAUCUUAAAUUCAAACUUACAUGUAGAUCAUGAAAUUUUGUUUUUAUGAAAUAGCUUGUAAAGAGGAUUCUUAACAUAAAAAGUAAUUGAUGACAUUGCUUCAUGGUGUAAAAUAAAACAAAAUAAGUACUGAUAUAUUGUA